AUGGUCGUCAAGGACUACCCCGAAGGAUCAUACAAUAGCGAGGUGUUUCCAAAGCAGAUUACGGUCCUCCAUUUAGCAGCAUUCUUUGGAGCUAAAGAAGCAGCAAACUUCCUUAUUCAACAUUACGAAUCUUUUGAUUUGCGCGAUAGUGAGGGCCGGACACCGCUGAGCUGGGCCGCUGAAAAAGGGCACGAGGCCGUCGUCAAGCUAUUGCUUGCCACAGGCCAGGUCGACGCCAACCUAGAGGAUACUUUUUAUCACAGAACACCGCUAACAUGGGCCGCUGAAAAGGGGCACGAUGCCGUCGUCCAGCUACUACUUUCCACAGGCCAGGUCGAAGCCAACUUGUGGGAUACGUUUCUUGGCAUAACGCCACUAUGCUACGCUGCUCAGCACGGGCACGAGGCUGUCGUCCGGGUGUUGCUCGCCUCAGGACAGGUAGACGCUGAUAUGAAGGAUAAUGCCUAUGGCCAAACACCGCUGAGCCAUGCCGCCCAAAACGGGCACGUAGCUGUUGUCAAGUUAUUACUCGCCACAGGCCAGGUCGAAAUCAACUCGAGGGAUAAAAAGGGCCGAACUCCGCUAAGCCAGGCCGCUGGGACAGGGCACGAGGCCGUCGUCCAGCUAUUGAUC